AUGGCCGAACGAGUACAAUUUAAUCUUGAGAGGAUGGUUCCUGCCCUCAUGGACCUCAUCAACAGAGGUCUAUUCACAAAGGAAGAAGUGAAAAAGAUUGUCGAGAAGAGAAAGUCAUUCGAAAGCCGCAUCUCCCGCCGCAUUCCGCAGAAGAUUGACUACCUUCGUUACAUUGAAUACGAAAUGAGCCUCGAUUCACUCCGCAAGCUCAGAAAAGCACGUCUUGCUGGCGAGAAUGCCAAGACGAUUAGCGAGUCAGAUUAUGCCGGCAAUAAACGAAUUUUCGAAUUGUUCAAGAGAGCAACCAACAAAUUCAAGGGAGAUGUUCGACUGUGGAUACAAUAUAUUGAUUUUGCCAAGAAGGUUAAAGCAAACAACAUUUUGAGUGGAAUCUUUGUUCAAGCUAUUCAGUUCCAUCCAACAAAGGCAACCCUGUGGAUUCUUGCAGCAUCAUGGGAAUACGAGACUAAUGCAAACAUCGGAGCCGCACGAGGCAAGUACAUUUUGAUGCAGCGAGCACUUCGUAUCAAUCCCGAGAACAAAUUGCUGUGGCACGAAUACUUCCGUCUCGAAUUGCUUUAUGUCGAGAAGAUCAAAAUUAGACGUAGAAUUCUUGGAAUUGACGAGAAAUCAAUUGAGAAAGAAGAGGCUAUGGAGGUCGAUGAAGAAAAAACCGAAGAUGACGGCAACGUUAUCAGACUACCAACAAUCACAGGAGAGAUGGUACAGGAUUGGAACAACGAGAGCAAAGAAAGAAAGACAGUGGACACUUUGGAGAAAUCAUCCGCAAAUGCAUUGAAAGAGGGCAUUAACCCCAUUCUUCGUGGACUUUUGGCAAAAAUCGUGUACAACAAUGCUAUCCAGGCAAUUCCUAAUGACCUUGAGUUCCGUGCUGGUUUUGUCAAUAUUUAUCGCAUCUUUACUGACGUAGAAGAGGGUUGCAAACAUGUAUUCGACACAAUCAUGCGUGAUAUGGCAACAUCUCCCAAAGCACGUGCUUACCUUGCAGAAAGACACUUGUUUGAGACGACCGUUGAUAACACACAGACUGGAUCGGAAAAAGCAGAAGAAUCAGAAGAAUCCAAAUACAUCUCAGUAUCUGAUCCUAGAUUUGUAACAGCUAUCAGAGCUUGUGUAGCAGAUUUUGAGGUUGCUGUUGAGGAAUUGACAUCACCAGAAAUGUGGAUGCUUUAUGUUGAGUUCCUUACAAACUGGAAAGAAACCGUGUCAGAAGAAAACUUGAAACUAUACCUCACAAAACUGUUGCAAAAGACAUUCAAGGCAUGUCAAAAGAAGGGUCUUGUGUCCGAAAAGGUUUAUGAGAUCUGGAUCAAACAACUGCAAAGCGAAAACAACAAUUUACAAGCACAAGAAGUAGCCAAAAAGGCUGUAAAGGCUUUCCCCCAAAACGCAAAUUUGUGGACGUAUAGAAUCGAUCUUGCACAAGUAGAAGGAGGAAAAGACGAAUCACAACAGGCACUUUAUAAAAAGGCACUAGAAAAGAACCCUGCAUCAUACACAAUGUGGUCUUCAUAUAACGACUGGAUUAUGCGUCAAUGGGAGUUAAAGACAUUCUCAACUGAAGAAACCAAUCAAAUAUACACUGAUGCUGGAUUCACAAUCACUCAACUCUUACCUUCUGUAACAUUAUCCACAAACGAUCGUAACAAAAUCAAGGACUUGAUCAUGUCCAGUCAUGUAAAAUGGGCAUCAAGAGCAUCUGGCAUCGAAGGAGCCAGAGCCACCUACAAAUCCAUCAUCAAAAACAUGUACCCUACCUUUGCUUUCUUCAAGACAUGUCUUGCCAUUGAAGAGGAAGAGAGCAAGGAACACGACACAUCCAGCGAGGCAGAACAGUUGUAUGACAUGGCAACGCGAAUGGAUGGCGACAAAGAAGACAUUUACCUUUCAUACAUUGCAUACCUGCGCUCGCAGAAAAAGUUUGACAAAGCCAAUCAUAUCUACAAAAAGGCUAUCAAAGAGGUCCCAGACCGAGAGAAGUUUGACGUUCUCUGUUCCGUGUAA